AUGUCUACAUUACCAGCAAUCAUAUCAAUAUCAUCGACGUCACGGUUAUCAUCAUCAACAUCAACAAGCACAACAGCAAUAGCAGGAUGGAUAAUCACAGGAAGCAUGAAUGUCGCACGAUAUUCUCAUACAGCAUCUAUAUCAGGAAAUGGGAAAUUAUUAGUUACUGGUGGAUAUAAUGAUAUUACUUCUCUCACUAGUGCUGAAUUAUAUGAUCCAACAACAGGUAGUUGGACAACUACAAGAAACAUGAGUUCUGCACGACAAGAUCAUAUAGCAUCUAUAUUAGGAAAUGGAAAAGUAUUAGUUACUGGUGGUGCUGAAUUAUAUGAUCCAACAACAGGAAGUUGGACAAUUACAGGAAACAUGAAUUCUGCACGACAAGAUCAUACAGCAUCUAUAUUAGGAAAUGGAAAAGUAUUAGUUACUGGUGGAUAUAAUGAUAUUACUUCUCUCAAUAGUGCUGAAUUAUAUGAUCCAACAAUAGGUAGUUGGACAAUUACAGGAAACAUGAGUGGUGUACGAUACGUUCAUACAGCAUGUAUAUUAGAAAAUGGAAAACUAUUAGUUACUGGUGGAGCUGACGAUGAUGGUUUUCUCAGUAGUGCUGAAUUAUAUGAUCUAACAACAGGUAGUUGGACAACUACAGGAAUCAUGAGUGUCGCACGAUAUACUCAUACAGCAUCCAUAUUAGGAAAUGGAGAAGUAUUAGUUACUGGUGGAUAUAAUGGUAAUAAUGCUCUUAAUAGUGCUGAACUUUAUUGA